UCCAUUGAUCAGUAUGGUGAGGAAGGCGGAUCCUCUGACGUCACCGCCAAGCAGCUCGGUGCGUCACAGUCCAGCUGAGCCAGGGAAGAAGGAAACGGGGAAUAAAAAGGAAAGAGGUUCUGGAAAGGCCGGGAGACGGGCUGACUGACCUGUUGUCGAGCACACCGCGCGCGGACAGACGGACAUGGAGGGCUGCACGGAGGAAGAAUACAAAGAGAAAUUAUUAUGGAACGUCAAACGAGAGGUGAAGCAGAUAAUGGAGGAAGCUGUAACUAAGAAAUUUGUCCAUGAAGACAGCAGCCACAUCAUCGCUCUGUGCACUGCAAUCGAAGCCUGCCUGGGUCACCUGCUGAAGAGACGGGCAGCUGGGUUCCUGCGCAGCGACAAGAUAGCGGCCCUCUUCACCAAGGUUGGCAAAGUCUGCGACACCGCCGGCGAGGUCUGUCGUAAAGUACAAGAGCAGCUCCAGCAGCAGGCGGAUCUCACCAGGAGAACUCAGAGUGUGGGCCAUGAACCUCUGAGGAGACAGGGUUCCUCCACCACCAGUCGGCCCCCGCAGCCCCUCUCCGCCCAGGCCAUCAAACACAUCUGGGUCCGCACGGCACUCUUUGAAAAAGUUCUGGAUAAGAUCAUCCAGUACAUCGUGGACAACUCCAGUAAAUACUAUGAGAGGGAAGCUUUGAUGCACGACCCAGUCUUUGGGCCCAUCUUAGCAGCUCUCCUCGUGGGACCCUGUGCUCUGGAGUACACCAAGCUGAAAACCUCAGAUCAUUUCUGGACAGACCCCUCAGCCAAUGAGCUGGUUCAACGCCACCGUAUCCAUGGCGCCCACCGGGGCCAGGAUGUGUCAGCCGGCCGCCGGCCUGCUCUGGGAAUCCGGAAGAGGCAGUCCAGCGGCAGCAUGUCAGAGGACAGGUUUGCUGCAUCAGCGAGGGAGUAUGUGGAGUCUCUUCACCAGAACUCUAGAACGCACCUUCUAUAUGGCAAAAACAAUGUCUUGGUGCAGCCGAAGAAGGACAUGGAGGUGUUGCGGGGCUACCUGUCGCUCCACCAAGCUGGAGAUAACCUCACUCUGAAGUGGACACCCAACCAGCUAAUCAACGGCACUCUGGGAGACUGUGACCUGGAGAAAAGUAUCUACUGGGACUACGCACUGACUGUUCCUCUGCGGCAGAUCGUCUGCAUCCACUGUCACCAGCGGCCCGAUUGUGGCGGGACACUCGUUUUGGUCAGCCAGGAUGGGAUACAGCGGCCACCCCUGCACUUCCCCCCUGGGGGUCACCUCCUGGCCUUUCUCUCCUGUCUGGAAACAGGACUGCUGCCCCGGGGUCAACUAGAACCUCCUCUUUGGUCCCAGAAAGGCAAGGGAAAAGUAUUCCCUAAAUUGAGGAAGAGGAGCAGCACUGCUAGACUCAUCGACCAGGACAGGAAUGGAGAGGAGCAGACCGCUGCUGACUACGUCUUUCGCAUCGUCUACCCCGGAUACCGAUACGAUGCCAUCACUAUAAACUACCACCACACCACGGGCAGCCGCGCUCCGUCGCUGGACGACGACGAGGAAGAGGAAGAUAGGCUCCAUGCUAUGAUCUCAAUGAUCUGCUCGCGGAACCUCACAGACCCUAAUGUCAUGAAAGACCAUGGGGAGAUGAUGGAGAUGCAGGGUUUCGGAGGCAGCCCGUCGUCGUGGCAACAGGCUGAAUUAACCACUCACGAGUCCCUGUGCCAGUCCUGCUCCACGGCUGGUGGCAACACGUCGUUCAACUACCCAUCCAGCUGUACCUGCGUGCACCAGUCGUCAGAUAUUCACACCGUCCCUCUGAAGAUGCUCUGCCAGAACAUGAAGAGGCAGAUCGUCUCCAGAGCUUUCUACGGAUGGCUGGCGUACUGUCGACACCUGUCCACCGUGCGGACCCACCUGUCAGCUCUGGUCAACCACAACAUCGUGCCCCCAGACAGACCCUGCGAGGCGUCCGGAGGGCUCAGCAAAGAGGUGUGGAGCAAGUACCAGAAAGACUGCAAGAACUACAAGGAGCUGGAGCUGCUCAGGCUGGUUUACUAUGGAGGAGUGCAGCACGACAUCAGAAAGGAGGUCUGGCCUUUUCUCCUGGGACACUACAAGUUUGGCAUGGGUAAAAAGGACAUGAGCCAGAUUGAUGCAAAGAUCACGGAGCGCUACCAGCAGGUGAUGCGGGAAUGGAAGGCGUGUGAGGUCAUCGUCAAGCAGAGGGAGAAAGAGAUGCAGUCGGCCAUCUUUGCCAAGCUCUCGUCAGGCAGCAGCAUAGACAGUCACGUCCUGCGGCUCGCCCACAGAGACUCCACGCUCAGCAACGAGGUGUUCAUGUCUGUGGAUGAGCCGGAUGCAGGGAGUCAGGAGACCCCCAGUGGAGAAGACACCACUCCUACCAUGACCACCCUGGUCCCCCCUGCCGCCCUCCCCCCAGAGGAACGUCCUCUGGUAGAGUUUGACUCCCCCGACUCGGGUCUCCCUUCCUCCAGAAACUACUCGGUGACCUCUGCUCACUCUCAGAUCUUGUCCAGCAUAGACGAUGGUCAGAGCACAGAGGAAGAAGGAGGUGGUAGGGAGGAGGGCAGGACUCCAGGGGGGGGGCAUCAGGACUCUCUUACAGAGGACAGGCUGUGCAGUCAGCUGGACAAACUGGUGACCAAUGGAGCUGCAGCUGAGGGGAUAUCAGCCUCACUCUCCUCCUAUACAAUUGAGCUGCUGGACACAGUUGCCCUCAACCUCCACAGAAUAGACAAAGAUGUGCAGCGCUGUGACCGCAACUAUUAUUACUUCAGCACGGGAAACCUGGAGCGACUACGCAACAUCAUGUGCAGCUAUGUAUGGGAGCAUUUAGAGAUGGGUUACGUUCAGGGCAUGUGUGACCUGCUGGCUCCUCUCAUGGUCAUUCUGGAUGAUGAGUGUCUGGCAUACAGCUGUUUCACUCAGCUUAUGAAGAGGAUGAGUCAGAACUUCCCGAACGGUGGAGCCAUGGACACACACUUCGCCAACAUGAGGUCACUCAUCCAGAUCCUGGACUCUGAGCUGUUUGAGCUGAUGCAACAGAACGGAGAUUACACUCACUUCUACUUCUGUUACCGCUGGUUCCUGCUGGACUUUAAACGAGAGCUCCUGUACGAAGAUGUGUUUGCAGUGUGGGAGGUGAUAUGGGUGGCGCCCAGAAUUUCCUCUCAGCACUUCGUCCUGUUCCUGGCUCUGGCGCUGGUCACAGUUUACCGUGAGAUCAUCAUGGACAACAACAUGGACUUCACAGACAUCAUCAAAUUCUUUAAUGAGAUGGCUGAACGUCAUGAUGUCCAACAUAUCCUGAAGGUUGCACGUGAGCUGGUGCACAAAGUCCAGUCUUUGAUGGACAACAAGUAACCACAGAGGAAGAGGCGAGGAGGAGGGGGGUCCAGGAGGCACCCUGCUGGAAGCUCAUCCCUCAGAGAUCAUUUACUGGUCUCCACACAUCCAGAGCAGGUCACGGGGUCCAGGUCUCUGCUGUCCCCAGAUGAAGGGCCUGGGAGUGGGGCAGGAGCGUGGCUUCUGGAGCUCUGUUUACAUGUACCUUCACAUGGAAUGCACAGUGUGUUUGUUCAGACAUGUGGAUUUGUCUGCAUGCUUGUGAGUUUAAUCACUGUGAACGCAUUCUCCAGUCUCUCCACUGUGUGUGUGCAUGAAAACACACACAUCUUUCUGGCUCUGUCAAUCCGCCACUUUUCUAGAGUCUGGCUCUGAAAUGACUGAAACUCAACAUGCUGGGUCCCUGUCAGGAAGCUGCAGUGCUGUCAGUGUUUGUUCCUCAGUGCAGUACCAGUAGAGGCCACCAGAGGGCAGGAUUCACACAUCAUCGGAGGAGCAGAAGACUUUGCCACGAAGACGUUUUCAUAAGUGACCAAAUGGACUGUGCCAACUACCUUUUCUUGAGUGUUUUAUACUACAAGCAUGUGUUUUUACCCCUCCUCCCCCAUUUUUUAUGUUUGUUUUGUCUUAAAGUUUAUUCAAACACAAUUGUUGCCUUUUAUUAGUAACAGCCCAAGGUACUUAGAUGCACUUUGCUGUGGGGGUUUCCUUCGUCGGGGUGUCUGUGAAGGCCUCACCUGGUGGAGGCUGGAGGCACCAGCAGAGGCAACGCUUGUAGAGAAACUUAAGAUGAAUUGUAGCCAACAGUGCUGAAAGCAUGUUUAGUCCUUGUUCUAAAAGAUAGCAGCAAAACUCAAAAGCACACGGGGCGUCUGGUCAUCCUCAGAGCCAUCUGAGGGAAGUUACAGCCUGCAUGGAGCAGAGUGGAGAGGCUUCACCAGGGGACUGGCUAAACAAAUCUGGGUUCCACAAUAGUGAUUGGACAUGUUUAAAAAUAUAUAAUUGUCCGUUUCUGUAUGCCUCCAUUUUCUCUACUUCCCUUAUCCCAUCCAGGAAUGCAAGGCUUCUUUCUUCCAUCCUAUCUCGGAGUCUUGGAACCACAUCAGAAGGACGUUUCAGCUAAUAAAAAUGCAGAGAAGCAGCUGCAGAAGAGCUUUCAGUAUCUGUGACAUCUGAAACAUGAACAGAUCUGUCAGCUCGCUCCUCGUGUCUUCACCUCGCCCUGUGAUGGACGGACGUCUUGCCAUAAAUGAUCUUUUAGGUUGAUAAAACAAAGAAACGUAAAGUUUAUCCAUGAAAUCUGAUUAAUGGCCACACAGCUGGUUUGUAGUGCACAUUUUAGUUGUAACCUUUGCAGGGACUCUUUCUCCUCUCAGGUUUUUUCUUUUUUGGUUGUGUUACCUCGAUGUGGGAUGGGUUUUUGUAGGAAAGUGUGUCUCUUUAAGAACUUUGGAAUUGUUCCUAAGGCUAAACAAUGUGGACAAGUUAACAACCCUUUCGGAUCAUUAGAGAACAAAACGGUUCUAAAAAUAUUACAGAUUUUUUUCCACUAUUUGUUUGUAAUCACUGCCCUUAAAAUGCCAAUUUGAUCACUUGAGUUCAGUUUUAUGAACAAAAAUAAAAUGAAUUAUUUUCCAUUAUGAUAAUAAGAUGGAAGUUUAAAGAUCAACAUAAAUGUUUUUACUCAUUUUUAGUCCAUUUAAUAAUAAUCAGAAAAGCUCCCAAACAAAACAAAUUGUUUUUUUAUUUUUAAUAAAAAAGGUGGCAUCAUGUAAUUAAAUCAGCAUUUAAAGUGUUAAAAUAAUUUUAAUAAUUACAUAUAAAAAAUAUUAAUCUGUCAUGUUCUUUAUUUAGUUUUUUGGGAGAGGAACUUUUUGUCUUCCAAUGAGGAAAACAUAAAAAACCUACGAACUCCAUCAAAUUCAUUUUGAUCUUUACAUAAAAUCCAAAUUCCUCAUUUCCAUUUCUUAUAUGGAAAAGAAUAUUAAUAACAAGUAUUUAUCAUUUAUUUACGGGAACAUUAUGUGAUCUAAUUUCCAUUUAAAGGAUUAAAAUAAUUUUAAUGAUUAGAUGUUUGUAAUUUUUAAUUAGAACUAAAGUUGACUGAACAAAAUGAGAAAAAAAAGUGGGAAAACGUAUUGAUCUGUAGUGGUUUUAUAUCAUUUUUUAGGGGAGGACUUUUUUGUCCUCUAAUAACCUGAAAGCUUAGUAAAUUGAAACUUGCUGCAUGUUAAUAAAACUGAAGUUUGGAGAAGCCACAAGCUCACACCGAGCUCAAGAAUGCCAUUCCAGAUCAUUAAGCUCAGGAUGCAUUCGCUGGUUUUGGACUUUUAAUGGAAUAAGAAACAGUAAAGUCAGUCAAUAAAAUCUCCAGAUUUAUCCUUUAAAGAUGCAACAUGUAACAAGAUCAAAGGUCAG